CAAAGCGGAUCGAUGUUCUCUGGCUUCGUUGUGGGCGGAAGUGAAGAGCAUCGCGGAAGCAGCAGAAGUGGUGGCAGCAGCAAAACAGCAACGACAGAGAUCACUAUUACAACAUCACUAGUACUCUUAUACAAUGUCCCGAUCAAGACAACCCCCACUUGUAACAGGAAUCUCUCCAAAUGAAGGUAUAUCAUGGACAAAGGUCACAAUCAGAGGAGAAAACUUGGGAACGGGGCCAACUGAUCUCAUAGGUUUGACAAUUUGUGGACACAAUUGCCUCCUAACUGCAGAAUGGAUGUCUGCCAGUAAAAUAGUAUGUCGAGUGGGACAAGCCAAAAAUGACAAGGGUGACAUCAUUGUCACAACAAAAUCGGGAGGUAGAGGAACCUCUACAGUCUCUUUCAAACUCCUUAAGCCAGAAAGGAUAGGUAUCUUGGAUCAGUCUGCUGUCUGGGUUGAUGAAAUGAAUUAUUAUGAUAUGCGCACUGACAGAAAUAAAGGAAUCCCUCCCUUGUCCUUACGUCCUGCUAAUCCUCUUGGCAUUGAGAUUGAAAAAAGCAAAUUUCCACAGAAAGAUCUGGAAAAACUGUUCCAUGGAAUGAGUGGUGAUUUUACUAGUGAGAAUUUUUCAGCUGCCUGGUAUCUGAUAGAGAACCACUCAACUACCAGCUUUGACCAGCUCAAAAUGGCAGUCAGCAACCUGAAGAAACAAGCGAACAAGAAAAAUGAAGGUAGUCUAGCAUAUGUGAAAGGAGGACUUAGCACUUUUUUUGAAGCACAAGAUGCCCUCUCAGCUAUCCAUCAAAAAUUGGAAGCGGAUGGAACGGAAAAAGUAGAGGGAUCCAUGACGCAAAAACUAGAGAAUGUUCUGAAUAGGGCAAGUAACACUGCUGAUACAUUGUUUCAAGAAGUCUUAGGCCGAAAGGACAAAGCAGAUUCCACCAGAAACGCACUAAAUGUUCUUCAGCGUUUUAAGUUUCUCUUCAACCUUCCUCUAAAUAUUGAAAGAAAUAUUCAAAAGGGUGAUUAUGAUGUAGUCAUUAAUGACUAUGAAAAAGCCAAGUCGCUCUUUGGGAAAACGGAGGUGCAAGUUUUCAAGAAAUAUUAUGCUGAAGUGGAAACACGAAUUGAAGACUUAAGAGAACUGCUCCUGGACAAGUUGCUUGAGACGCCAUCUACUCUACAUGACCAAAAACGUUAUAUAAGAUAUCUUUCUGACCUCCACGCAGAUGGUGACCCUUCUUGGCAGUGUAUUGGUGCACAGCAUAAGUGGAUCCUUCAGCUCAUGCACAGUUGCAAAGAGAGUUAUGUAAAAGACUUAAAAGGUAAUGCAACACCAAUGAUGGAGCUAGAAAAUGAUUUGCGUCCAUCUGCAUUGGCUCAUCUUAGUCAGACAGCUUCAUUAAAAAGGGCCAGCAGCUUCCAAUCUGCUCGAGAUGAUACAUGGCGUUAUAAAGCACCCCAUAGGGUGGCUUUUGUUGAAAAGCUAACCAAGCUUGUUUUAAGUCAACUUCCUAAUUUCUGGAAACUCUGGAUUUCCUAUGUCAAUGGAAGCCUUUUCAGUGAGACUGCUGAGAAAUCAGGACAAAUGGAAAGAUCAAAAAAUGCAAGGCAAAGGCAGCAUGACUUCAAGAAAAUGAUUCAGGAAGUGAUGUACUCACUGGUUAAAUUAAUCCGUGGAGCAUUACUCCCAUUCAGCCUCAAAGAAGGAGAAUUAAGACAGUAUGGUGGCUGGGAGAUGAAGUCUGAACUCUCUGGUCAGUGGCUGACUCAUGUCAUCCAGACUGUAAGGCUUACUUAUGAAUCCUUGACUGCCCUUGAAAUACCUAAUGAUUUGUUACAAAACAUCCAGGAUCUUAUUCUAGAUCUACGAGUACGUUGUAUAAUGAUCACCUUGCAACACACUGCUGAAGAUAUAAAAAGAUUGGCUGAAAAGGAAGACUGGAUUGUUGAUAAUGAGGGCCUGACUUCUUUACCAUCUCAGUUUGAACAAUGCAUUGUACAUUCCUUGCAGUCACUCAGAGGAGUUCUGGAAUGCAAACCUGGAGAAGCUAGUGUUUUUCAGCAGCCUAAGACACAAGAGGAGGUAUGCCAUCUAAGCAUCAGCAUCAUGCAGGUUUUUAUAUAUUGUCUGGAACAAUUAAGUACCAAGCCUGAUGGAGAUAUAGAUACUACACACCUUUCAGUUGAUGUUUCCUCUCCUGAUUUAUUUGGAAGUAUCCAUGAAGACUUAAGUUUAUCUUCAGAGCAGCGGCUUUUGAUAGUGCUAAGUAAUUGCUGUUACCUAGAACGUCACACUUUCUUAAAUAUAGCUGAACAUUUUGAAAAACACAACUUUCAAGGAAUAGAAAAAAUAACACAGGUUAGCAUGACUUCAUUGAAAGAAUUAGAUCAAAGGCUAUUUGAAAAUUAUAUUGAGUUGAAAGCAGAUCCUAUUGUUGGCUCCCUAGAACCCGGAAUUUAUGCAGGUUAUUUUGAUUGGAAAGACUGCUUGACUCCAACAGCUCCUAGCGCAGUGCAUGUUUGAUGAAUGAAUACAUGAAUAAAUGAAGAAAGGAAGAACUGGCAAGCAUUCCUCCAACCUGUUCUGAUAUUGCUUUAGUGUUAGCAUCUGCCAAGAAAUCAACUCCUUUUUUUAAGAGGAAAAAAAGUAUUUAUUUUCACCUUCUCAAUAAGCAAUUUUUUUUUUUGCUUGUCAGUGAUGGGGGGAUAGGGGAACUUAAAGUUUAAGUAACAUAAUGGGCAUUGGUAAAUGUCAGAAUUUCACCAUUUCCAUGCCACCUACUACCUCCUCCCCAGCAUUAUUAUUUAUAGAAUUCGAAAUGAAUUAAAUCAAAAAAAGAUUAUUAGGGAAAAAUAUUUGCUAAUAAUCCUCAUGUCUUUGGUCUACUUAAUAACAACAGUAAUAAUAAUAGGUAACAUUUAAAUGGCACUUUCAGCUUUGCAAUGGGAUUUAUAUAAAUUAUCACAUUUGAUCCUUAUGACAACCCUGUGAGUAAUAAGCAUUUAUAUAGCACCACCCAUGCAUGCAACAAAUACAUCAACUCAUAAAAUACCUUGCCUAUGGCUUGCAAGUAAAAGUUUUGAUUCUUUAAGAAUAUGUAUUCUAGUAUGGGAAAAUCAUUUAACCUCUGAGCCUCCAUUUCCUAAUGUGAGAAAUGGAAAUAAUAUAUUUUCUACAUUAUAGGACUGUUGUAAAGAAAACAUUUUGUAAACCUUAGAGCUUUAUAUAAAUGUUAGUUUUUUGUUACUCCAAUAACUAUUACCCCAAACUGAAAGCAAAACAUUUCAAUUUUAAAGCAGGACUACUAAGCAAUGUGAAAAAGUCGAUAAGGACAACAAAAUAAUCUAUUGUCUUGUAAAAAGAAAAUACCAGAAGAACCUAAUAUUUCUCAACUUUACAAUAAGUAUAUAGACACAAUUAUAAAAUGAAAUGAAAACUCAGUUGUGUCUUGAACUUUAAAUGACUUGAAACAGGGAUGUCCAGAAAGUAUUUUGUCUCUCAGAGUAAACCAAAGACAAGUAAUGUUAAUAUAAUCUUCAUAUUGUACAAGACGUUUUCUGGGUUGUGGACUCAUUCUGGGAUCAAUUGACUUCAAUUUUCUGAUAAUCUCUCAUAGUAAUAAUCAUAAUGUUUGAGUGACAACCAAAGUAAAUUCAUAAAUACAGUAUAUCUGGAAAGCCAUUCUUCAUUUGUGAAAUUGCUGUCAUUUUUUUUUUUACAAAUGGUAUGACAGCCUAUUAUUACAAUAACAACUUCAGGAAUUCUAUGUAGACUACCUAUCACUUUUAACAAGUUUGUGUAUUGAAGAGUUUUAAUAAUAGGUUUUAUGAAAUCAUGAAAAGCUACCUUCAGGUGUUUUAAAGAUGAUGGAUAUGAAAGAAAUUGGAGUCUAUGGUUGGUUUGUAUUAAUGAAAGAAAGGGGAAAUUGUUAUAAAUUCUUGGAUAUGUAUUUUGGACUUUUAGAUUUUCUGGUAAAGAGGAAGAGGUAAAUAAAUCUUUUUUUAAACUAAAUUAACUGCUUUUGAAGAUCAUAGUCAUAGAAUAGUACAGGCUUCCAUCUCAAACAAAAGCAACUAAUACUGUCUGUAAAGAGCUUUUUUUGUGGUAGGGGAAAUUAGGACCUUGAUUAAUAAAAUAGAAAUGCAAUGAACAUAGUUUAACUUUAGAUAUUCUCAUUAAUAUAUUCUUUAAGAGGCAGAAAACCUGGGCAAUGAAGAAAGGAACUAGGUUAUUCUAAUUGGUCUAUCCCUCAUACAAACUAACAGGAAAAUCCCAAGGCUCACAUAGGUCUGUGAUUCAAAAUAAGUGCAGGAAUGGAGCUGCUACUUUAUCCCAUCAUUGAAAAUGGAAAAACCUUCUUAUCUUUAUCAAUUUAAGAUUGAUUUCUUUGGGCCGCUACCAUUCUAGCAAUUUCUAUCACUAUUAUUAUCAUUACUUCUUCGUGUUUCUCAUCUGCAAAAAUGGAGAGAUUAUAAAAGUGGAGGAGUUCCAUGGAGACUGGAACAACCUCCAGGAAGUGAUGCAGAGCGAGAGGAGCAGAACUAGGAGAACAUUGUACACAGAGACUAAUACACUGUGGUAUAAUCGAACGUAAUGGACUUCUCCAUUAGUGGCGGUGUAAUGUCCCUGAACAACUUGCAGGGAUCUAGGAGAAAAAAACACCAUUCAUAAGCAAAGGAUAAACUAUGGGAGUGGAAACACCGAGAAAAAGCAACUGCCUGAAUACAGAGGUUGAGGGGACAUGACAGAGGAUAGACUCUAAAUGAACACUCUAAUGCAAAUACUAUCAACAAAACAAUGGGUUCAAAUCAAGAAAACAUCUAAUGCCCAGUGGACUUACGCGUCGGCUAUGGGGGGUGGGGGGGAGGAAAAGAAAAUGAUCUAUGUCUUUAACAAAUAAUGCUUGGAAAUGAUCAAAUAAAAUAUAUUUUUAAAAAAUGGAGAGAUUAUAGUAAUUGAUCUCUGGGAUACCUUCCAGUUUUCAAAUUCUAUAACUACAUAUUCUAUUUAGUAGGACUGUUAGCAUAUGCUGUACUUGUUUCUAGGAUUAGUCUACUUGCCCUCAUUCAUUCCUAUGAACUUAGAAUCAUGUAUUUGCCUGUACUUGACUACUAUAUCUUUUUUUCUCCAUCUGUAUAUCUGAGACUUGAGACUAAGAUAUAACAAUCCAGGUACUGGAAAUGUAUCUACAGGAGCAGCAAGUGACACUGAUAGGCUACAAGGUCAUUCAAGGAAGGAUAGCCAACAUGGUGAUGGAAUUCAAACCAUGCUUGCUUGUAGGUAUUUUGAAGGAAAUGAUAAUGUUUGUCCUGUGCUAAAAUAAGACUUGGGAAUAUAUAAUAUCUAUCUUCAAAUAAAGGAGAAAAGAUCUUGUGGAAAAGGAUUUAAAGUUUUAUUUUAGACCCCAGAUUACAGAAAUACAACCACAAUUGGUUGAAAAUUAAAUAAGAACUUUUGGCUUCAUAUAAAGGAAAACAUUUUACUGAUGAGAGCUAUCCAGAAGUGUGAGGGGCUAUCUCACUAGUAAAAAUUCAUUUCUAAAGAUCUUAUGAAGGUCUGAUGAGUAUUGGGGAUUGUAGGAGGGAUUGCUAUUACAAAUACGAGAUGAAUAGGAUUAUUUCUAAGGUUCAUCAAAACCUAGAUUCUAUGAUACUUUCAAUUUGGCAGAAAAGUCCAAGGGAGGAAAGAAGUACUUGUAGGGAAGAACUAUUCAGAAAAACAAAGAUGGUAGCUUCUAAAAACCACAGCUGUUUUCCCUAGAAAUUAUUCCAAUAAAUUUGUGAUCUCAUUUCCAGCUUACUCCCUCUCAUGAUGCAAAUCCUAGUACAGUCAUGUAUGCCUAUCUUCUUCAUCUCUUGUCUAUAGUCUUUUAUUAAAUUCACCUCAGAAGUCAUUUCUCUAUUUCUCAAUAUUGGACACUAAUGAAACAAGUGAAUAUUCCAAUGAUUUUCUCUCAUUCUAACUAUUUGACCAGACCAUCUUUUUUUCCUGGUUACACAUUUCUCCAAAAGGAUCCUUAAUGCAAUUUAUCUUCAUUGCUAAUAUGUUAUAGCCUAUUCACUUCUACCAUGGUCUCAAUCAAUUCUUAAUGUGAUUCUCAACAUUGCUUAUUUAGGCACUGUUAAAAACGGAUGGGGGGAAACAAUUUUCUGAAUUCAAACUGACAUUUUAUUGUAGGAAAUGUAAAUUACAAAUGUCAAGAUCCAGACUUCCCCCAGCUCAGCCAAAGACCUAAGAUUUGAACUGCCCAAGCCUUUUAUAGUCUAUUAAAAAAAAGUCAAAUUGCACAAACUGGGGGUAACUAGGUGACUUAGUGGAUUGAGAGCUAGACCUAAAGACAAGAAGUCCUAGGUUCAAAUCUGGCCUAAAACACUUCCUAGCUAUGUGACUCUGGGCAAGUCAAUUAACCCCCAUUGCCUAGUAUUGAUUCCAAGACAGAAGUCAAGGGUUUUGGUUUUUUGUUUUAAUUACUCAAACUCUCUCAAAAGGGGGAGAAGGGGUUAGCUGAAUGUUUCUUCAGAAGGGGAAAACCAAAGUUUCCCCUUUUAGAAGGUUUCUUUCUCCCAGAAAAUCAGGUGAUUUCCUAAUCACCUUAUGAGAGAGAAUCAUAUAGUCCCCUGUAUGUAUAUGAUGAAAUGGCCAAGAUAAUUCCAUAGUUUCAAAGCCAAAAGAGAUACCACAGUCCUAAGUCUGGAUAUAUUCCAAGAUGCCAAAGACAUAUGCCAACUCUUCUUGGCAAAGGUAUUUUUUCAAGGGAUUUUAGCUGUUAUUUUAUUCAUAAUAUGAUUAUUGAUUACUGAUUCUCAUAUACACAAUUAUUCAAAUAAUAAUUGGUAUUAGUCCUUAUAAUUUAUCACAAAAAUACUGGUUGAAAAUAUAAAGCUAUAUAGAAGCAUAAAACAGUGAAUGUAAACUGAAAUUGCUUAAUUAGAUUAUCUUUAACACUCCUGUAGAAGUUGAUAAGCCUUUGUUUCAGGGAAAAGCUUGGAAUCAUUAAGUGAAAUUUACGGCUUUCCAAAGAUAAUCCAGGCCAACCUCCUCCUGCUGCUCAAUUCUGGGCCCAAUAUAUUUUCAAUUUACAGUGUCCCAGAUUGUGUACUCAUAAGCUCUGUGUCAAGAGUUCUUAAAAUUUUUGACAGUCUGCUGAAGCUAUGGGCCUCAUCCCAAUGUUAUAAAAUGCAUAAGAUUGCCAUUUAAAGUAAUUAUGUUGAAAUACUGUUAUUGGGAUAAUAGAAAAUAAGUUCUAAGGAUGGAUCCUAUGUUAAAUAUCCCUGCCAUAUGAGUUGUUAAUCUAGCUACAUAACAUAGUUUGGACAAUAGAUACUCAACAUAUACUUGAUUUUUCAUGGCUACAUAUUUAGAUUCAAUUCUUUUAAGUGAGUGUGGCACUCAUUUAAGAGAUUUUGUAAUGUUCUGUGACUUGAUGAAAUCAACAUGUUACCUGCAAACAAGGAUAUCUCAAAGAAUUCACUACCUAUAGGGAAAUCUGGCUUUGAUUUGAACUCUGUGCUAAACUUUCUCUUGACAGUAACAUUUGAUGAUAAUAAUCAUGGGGCUAUUAAAAAAUUAUCCCUACUGCUUCAUCUUUUAAGAAUUCUUCUAAUUUUUGACAUAUGCAUUAGAAAUAAUUUUCUGACCCAAAGAUCCCAGGUUUGGGGACAAAAAUCCACUAUUCGAUAAAAACUUCUGGGAAAAUUGGAAGACAGUGUGGGAGAGAUUAGGAAUUGAUCAACACCUCACACCCUACACCAGGAUAAAUUCAAAAUGGGUGAAUGACUUAAACAUAAAGAAGGAAACCAUAAGUAAAUUGGGUAAACACAGAAUAGUAUACAUGUCAGACCUUUGGGAGGGGAAAGACUUUAAAACCAAGCAAGACAUAGAAAGAAUCACAAAAUGUAAAAUAAAUAAUUUUGACUACAUCAAAUUAAAAAGCUUUUGUACAAACAAAACCAAUGUAACUAAAAUCAGAAGGGAAACAACAAAUUGGGAAAAAAAUCUUCAUAGAAACCUCUGACAAAGGUUUAAUUACUCAAAUUUAUAAAGAGUUAAAUCAAUUGUACAAAAAAUCAAGCCAUUCCCCAAUUGAUAAAUGGGCAAGGGACAUGGAUAGGCAGUUCUCAGAUAAAGAAAUCAAAACUAUUAAUAAGCACAUGAAGAAGUGUUCUAAAUCUCUUAUAAUCAGAGAGAUGCAAAUCAAAACAACUCUGAGGUAUCACCUCACACCUAGCAGAUUGACUAACAUGACAGCUAUGGAAAGUAAUGAAUGCUGGAGGGGAUGUGGCAAAGUAGGGACAUUAAUUCAUUGCUGGUGGAGUUGUGAACUGAUCCAACCAUUCUGGAGGGCAAUUUGGAACUAUGCCCAAAGGGCCAUAAAAGAAUGUCUACCCUUUGAUCCAGCCAUAGCACUGCUGGGUCUAUACCCCAAAGAGAUAAUGAACAAAAAGACUUGUACAAAAACAUUCAUAGCUGUGCUCUUUGUGGUGGCCAAAAAUUGGAAAACGAGUGGAUGCCCAUCAAUUGGGGAAUGGCUGAACAAAUUGUGGUAUAUGUUGGUGAUGGAAUACUAUUGUGCUAAAAGGAAUAAUAAAGUGGAGGAGUUCCAUGGAGACUGAUACGACCUCCAGGAAGUGAUGCAGAGCGAGAGGAGCAGAACUAGGAGAACAUUGUACACAGAGACAAACACACUGUGGUAUAAUCGAACGUAAUGGACUUCUCCAUUAGGGGCGGUGUAAUGUCCCUGAACAAUCUGCAGGGAUCAAGGAGAAAAAACACUAUCCAUAAGCAGAGGACAAACUGUGGGAGUAGAAACACCGAGGAAAAGCAACUACCUGACUAUAGUGGUUGAGGGGACAUAACAGAGGAGAGACUCUAAACAAACACUCUAAUGCAAAUAUUAACAACAUGGCAAUGGGUUUGAAUCAAGAACACAUGUGAUACCCAGUGGAAUCACGAGUCGGCUACGGGGGGUGGGAGGGAGGAAAAGAAAAUGAUCUUUGUCUUUAAUGAAUAAUGCAUGGAAAUGAUCAAAUAAAAUACUAUAAAAUUUUUUUAAAAAGAUAUAGCAAGAAAAAAUAAAAGAAAUAAUUUUCUGAAGAGCCUUAGAUAGUGUUUUACUCUCCCAAAUCACAUGUCUUUGAGAGCCAAGCCAGCGAUCUCUCAGAAGGGAGGAUCCUUCUUUCUAAGUGUGAUGGUCCAGUCAAAUAAAUGAUGAGAAGCACUGUAUGCUCAAUCCUGUGUUAGGCAUCACACAGUGCUCUGCCAUGCACAAGGUUUGCAUUUAUUUUAUAGGUUCAGUGAGUACAUACUUUCUGGCACAGAAUCAUUUCUCAACAUGCAUAUUUCCAUAGAAUCUUACAACAGAUUAGAAGCCUAAGGAGAUAGUCCAUGAAAUAUUGUUGCUGUAACAGAGAUGGAGAUGAAUGACAUGGAUAGGGUGAUCUGGAGGUUAGUCCCUCCUGACCUAAGGAAUGACCAGUUAGGGAAAUCAUUGUUACUUUAGGUCAGCUUUCACAAUCAAUCACAAUAACUUAGAAGAUGGGUAACAAAACAUUUUGCAGCUAGGUACAGGGUUAGAGGGUAAUUUAACACCAACCAGAAUUGGGAUUUUCCUCAGUCUCCAAGUUCUGUAUUUCCUGUGCUUGAUUCAGGCACCUAGCAAGGUUGCUUGGUUGUCAUAACAAAUCAGUGGAGUGUUUUGUUUCAAAGAAAUGAUUAAUUUGCCUGCAAUGGAUGUUUAAGUGGAGUGUUUAAGUGUGCCUCUGCUUGUGAGAGAAAGGAGGGGUAUUGGUUAUUGGUCUUUGGGUUUUAAUUCUGUGAUUGUAAUCUUUGGGAGUAAUAAUCUGGGGGGAUUAUAUAUGUGUUAAUCCUAUAAGUAUUUACUCUCAUGUUAUUUUUCCUGUUUGGGGUAGAGAACAAUAAUCAUAACAAUUCCAUUAGAGAGAGAAGUCACACAGGGGAAGGGGGUUGUCAGUGGUUGCCUCAUCUUUCUGAAGGUUGCUCCGCUGCCUCCAUUUCCCCAGACUGCCACUCUGUCAGACGGUGGGGGUAUGAUGGCUCUCCACAACAUGUGGUUUUACAUUCAAUAAAUAGUAAACAACUAAAUCUUUUCCACUCUAUUCCUUUUAGCUAAUUUUGUGACUGUGAAGAUAUGAUAUAUAUGCUGUAAAAAAUCAUUUUGGAAAGCCUUUUUGUUGCUUUCACAAGUAUUCAUCAAGGAUGCCUUUAAUAUAUAC